AGCAACCCUCAUCAGUCCACGGUCUCGCCGUCAACCGUCCGGUGUUGGUGAAUGUCGUCACCGCCACUGUUAAUUUUAUGUGCCUAUUUUAAAACUCACGUGUUUGUAAUUCGAUUCGUUUAAUUUUUUUCAACCGCAAUAAUAUUUUUUAUCCAUUUUUCAUUUCUUUCUUGACCGUCUCGAUUUUUUAUUAAAAUUUUAUUGUUUUUUUUAAAGGUGUUGUACCUAACACUCGAGUGUUAGAUUUACCUACCAACAGCAGUAAAUCGCUGUUGAUCUGUGCGUGUUACUGUCAUCGUUCAAUUUCGAUAACAUUACUCAAAACGGGCGGUUUAAUUGGAUCGCCAUAAUAAUAUUAUAGACAGUGUUUAUCUAUUAUAAUAUUUUAUCCACAUCGAGAGCGUCCAAAAUGGAAGACGCGAGCGAUUACGAUUAUCUGGAAUACACUUACCAAGACUACAGGAAGAAUGAACUCAUACAGCCAGACAUUGAAGAUAAAUCAGGUGCUACAGUGUUUAAGCAAUCGACUACAUUGACAGCGAAAAUGUGGCCUCCAGAUAUGUCCAAUAAUUACAAUUGGGAUUUGGACAUUCUAGGAUGGCAACUUGAUAAAGAUCAACUUUUAGUCCUUAUUAUAUGUACCAUAGUAGUUAUAGUAUUGAUUUCCUCAACUCUCGUAUUCACAAUUUGGUAUUGCUGUUUUUGCAAAAAAAAAACAGUACAUAGCAGCGAUGAAGAAGAACAGAGGAGUAAUUCUCAUAUACCCGGGUACUCCACUGUGUUUUUAGAUCCGAAAACCGGGAAUUUUGUAUAUAGCAAUCGAAUUGUGGAACUGUUCCCUGAAAGAGAAGGUUCUCCUGAUAAUUGGUUUUUCAACGAUCAAAUAGACGAGCCUCCCACGUUAGUGACUACAACUUGCGUACCACGAUCCGCAUCUGUGCCUCCGGUGAAACAGCUUCAGUCUUUUGAUCCGUGUAUUCGGGAAAUUAAAGAAUCUUUGAAUGACCAUACAUUAGAAGAGCCGGAUUUACAAUAUGCCGACAACGACACACAACACGACCCCAAUUGCCCUAUUCCAGAUACGUUACCUGAAAUCUCCGAGUUUAAUCCCAAUCAGUUUACUUCCAGCAGUAUAUUGGACAACUGUGAGAUGUGGGACGGAAAAACACUUACAUUGCGUACAAGAAGUCUUCCAGCUAAUGUUCGAAAUAAAAAACGACCGUUUUCGACAUCUGAUAACCUAUCAGAGCUUUAUGCCAAGGUUAAUUUCAGCAAGAAAAGGAAGAAUCGUAUGAGAAACGAUGAAGCAGCCAUAAUAGCCAUGAGCAAAUCCAGGAGUCAGUUCCUCAACAAAGACACAGACGUGCUGGUGGAAAACGAAGCUGUGAUCGUUUAUGACGAACGGACUGCGUUGUAAAUCAAUGUGAUACUUGUAAAUUAAUUUUUAAGUUUACUGUUUCGUAGAUAAUCUCUGUGUUAUAACACGUACGUGAUACUUAUUAUUAUUGUUCUUCUACGACCAGGGUCGAUACAAAACUUGCACAGCCUAACGCGUGUAUACAGGUAAAAAUAGGUUUCGAUUGUUUGAUGUAACAAUUUGGUAUUCGACAUUUAUUAUUAAUUUGUGUAAACUAAUUUUUCUUUUCGUUAAUAACUAUUCUAUAUUUAUAUGAAUCUAAAAUAAAAAAAAAUAUUUCAUGUAAUCUCUACAGUUUUUACUCUAUUCUAUAUUCUAUUGUUUUUUUUUUGUACUAUAACCAUUUCUUAUUAUUACCAAUUUAUAUUUAAGGAAUUAAAAUCAAUAAAUUGUACAA